UUGAUUAGUUCGCCCUUGAACUAGCUCCCUUCUUAUUGGCGGUCAGUCUUUCCCCUUAGAUCGGCGCUCAGCUAGUGCUGCCUGGCUGUCUCCGGUGUUCUUGCGGCCCUGAGUAGCUGUGACCUGAGCCGCUAUGUUCCUGUGCUCCAGGCUCCGGGCCGGGGUCACCAGCUCGGUACGACGAUACUUACAUGAAACGGCAAGAUGCAGCGGAGCUGGAGGAGCCUCAUAUGUGCAUAGAGAUACCCCUGAGAACAACCCAGAUACCUUCUUUGACUUCAAUGAAGAAAAUUACAAGAGAAUAGAGGUUAUUAUUGGCAACUACCCAGAAGGUCACAAAGCUUCAGCUGUAAUCCCGGUUCUUGAUCUGGCACAGAGACAGCAUGGAUGGUUGCCUAUCUCUGCUAUGAACAAGGUAGCCGAAGUCUUGGAUAUGCCUCCCAUGAGAGUCUAUGAAGUUGCAACCUUCUAUACGAUGUACAACAGAAAACCUGUAGGGAAAUACCACAUCCAGAUUUGUACUACAACACCUUGUAUGCUUAGAGAUUCUGAUUCCAUACUGGAAGCUAUCCAAAAGAAACUUGGAAUACAUGUUGGAGAGACCACACCUGAUAAGAUGUUCACACUGACAGAAGUUGAGUGUCUUGGUGCCUGUGUAAAUGCACCAAUGGUGCAAAUUAAUGACAAUUAUUAUGAGGAUCUGUUGCCAAAGGAUAUCGAAAGUAUCAUUGAUGACUUGAAGGCUGGAAAAGUUCCUAAUCCUGGACCAAGAAAUGGCAGAUUCUCAUGUGAGCCCAGUGGGGGACUAACCUCUCUGACAGCACCCCCACCAGGACCUGGAGUUGGUGUUAGGGCAGAUCUCUAAUCUUUUUACAGUAGUAUGUAUAUCUAUGACAUGAACCUUAAACAUGAAUAAAGUUAUAUUGUAAACCAUUA